AUGGAUGAGAAAGAAGCGAAGGUGCUGGACGAUGUCAUCGUCGCCAUCAACAGGUGCCAACCCUUGGUGGCAAUUUUGGAGAACGUCUAUGGAUUCCUCAGGGUCCUCGGGCAGGCCAAGGACAAAUUUGAGGAGGGUGGGCUGAUGGAGGACUACUUCUUCGCCAUCCUUCGCAUGGAUCCCAAAAGGUUUGGAGAGCCAGUGACGAGGCGCAGGAUCUACCUAUGCUUUCUCAGGAAGAUUCUUGGAACAACUAUCAUUGUUGGAUUCCAGAAAGGAACUUGCGUAAUUACAUUGACGUGA